CGAUUCCCUGAUAGUAGGAGGAUCUUUGGUUCGAUAUGAACAACUUUAAAGGUUUUCACAGAACUCCUCCGCAUCCCUGACUUUUUAUGUAACCUCCAGGUUCGGUCUCAAUUGAUUUCCCCAACUGAGCAGCUUUCUUAACUCUCUGUCAUCAUUUCUUUUCGAGCCUCCUUCUUUCACAAUCGUCGAUUCUCGCUAUCCCAGUCUUUUACUGUGCUGCCCCGGAAAUUAUCAAACUUUCAAGAUUAGGAAUCUUCACCUAAGAAUUGUUCAAUCUUUUUAAUUAGUUUUAAUUCGUGUUAAAAAGUUAAAAUUUAUAUCAAAUAAUCAAAAUGACUCGAAGUGAUUCAUCAAAAAAACGAGCAACACGAUCAACAUCCAAUGUGUUCGCUAUGUUUACCCAAAACCAGAUAGCUGAGUUUAAGGAGGCAUUCCAAUUUAUCGACUCUAAUAAGGAUGGGAUUAUUGACAAAAAUGAUCUGAGAGCGACUUUCGAUUCACUUGGUCGCAUGUAUCCCGAUGAUGAGUUACAGUCAAUGUUGUCCGAGGCUCCUGGUCCAUUGAACUUUACCAUGUUCUUGAGUAUCUUUGGUGAACGAGUUGCUGGAACUGAUCGCGAAGAUGUUAUUCAAGCUGCUUUCAGGACAUUUGAUGCUGACCAGACGGGUAAAGUUCAUGAAUCUGUUUUGAAAAAAGCCUUAACAACUUGGGGUGAAAAACUUACCGACGAUGAGAUUGAAACAGCAUUCAAAGAGGCCCCAAUCGACAAACAAAGUUUUAUUGAUAUCAAUGAUUUUGUCAAAACAAUCAGUGGCUCUGCGGAAGAGGAAUAAUUUUUUGACGAUUGUUCACAAUAAAUAUAAACUAUUCAACAGUUAUCAAAAAUCUAAUGUGAAAGACAUUUUAAAAUCAAAUUGUUACCAUCAACAAUGUUACUAUGAGAAAAUGAAUUGAUUUGCAUGAGAAUCAAGUGUUAAGGGAACUUAGGUACGAAAAAAUUUUUGAAUUCGAGCUAAGGACGAAAAAGGACUGUAAAACACGCCAUGCUACAGCACAAAAUACACCAUGUAUAUCGAUACUUAAA